AUUGAUUAUCUGAAUUCAACCUGUGUAAGACUCGUAAAAUUCUCCUAUGCUGCUGCCAGUCAACCAUCACCCUCAAAUCCAUGUGCUAAUGUCCCAGUCAAAUGCCCUUGGUGUCCCAAGGGGGCUAACUCAGUGUGGAAGUAUAAUAUGAUGGCCCACUAUGCCAAGAAACACUCACCUUUG